GCAAAGUUGAGCGUUUUUUGCGGAGCCUCCGUGAGCGCUGUUGGUGCCUUCUUCCUCGCACCGUCUGCUCUACGCAAGAGCACUCGUCUUACAACCGAAUAUCGCCAUAUGCAGCUUGCCCUUAUCGGUGGUGACACUCAGUCAAGCACGCAGAUAGAGCGCUAAGUGGAACCAACGUUGCUGCGCGGCCUACGACUACAACUAACGGAUAGACGACGCACACAGUGUGCUCGAAUGUUACUGCCGAGGCAGCCAUAGUCGCUCACCCUCGCGUAUUUGCGGUCUAGAUAGCCCGCCAUUCGCAGAGAGAAUCAGUCGAUCAGUUAGUUUCUCAUUGUUCGUCACGCGGGCGAAGUGUCCGGUUGGUUGUUGCUGGAUGGGAACUUGCGGUGCCGCUGUAGAGUGUUUAUAUGAGACUAUAAAAGACGUGAGACAUAGUUGUUUCUUUAGGCGCUUCGAGCGCGCUGACUACUCGACUAGUGAUGAUCUAUCGAAAGUAAGCAGCCCUCACGGUGAUUAGAUUCUCGUCAACUCACACCUGUGCCUCUAUCGGCUGCGUAGUCGUCCCUCAACUCGUACUUAGUGCAUCAACAGCAAUUUAUUCUAUGUUUAGUCUUCGACCUUCAAUACUAUCCGGUUGAAUCCUCCUCUUUUUUAGCCUCUACAGAUCAAUACUGCUGUAUCUCCUAACUUCGACCAAACUCGGAUUAAUCUCUGACUCACCAGUAUACAAUUCCCACCAUGCUGCCUGAUCCAAUUCGAAAUUUAGCGGGUCCCACUGCGCGCCAGCUCGACGUCGUCGAGCAGACAACCCAUCAUCUGGUGUCUCUAUCCGAUCGCGUUGUCGUCAACGGGGGAAGCACGGCGCCUAAAAGCUGUGCCACUACUAUAACUACUAACAUCACCAUCACAACUAUUACUAAUAGCAGUAGCAGCAGCAGUGUAGACAAAAUCGACACGAACGGCGCCCUUCCCAACAACAACAGCAGGACGACGAGCCGUCCCGCCGUUGGCCAGUUGUUGCCUACUUCCACUGCCAGCGAUUCAGUGUACUUGGCGACGUUGGGCGCCGCAGCACUGUCAGCAUCCGAAUGCGAAAACGAACACGCUGCGCGAUCGUCGGCAACGACAACAGUGACGGCAGCAGCAGCUGCUGCAGCGGUACUUCCACGCAAAUCGACGCAACACAAACAACAGAAACCGCGGUUUUGGCGUCGUCGGCCGGACGCGAUGGAUUGGGAGGUGGACUACCUCUCCAAGGAGCAACUGACCGGGUUCGAUAACUAUAAGUAUUCAGCAAUCGACACCUCACCAUUGAGCAAUUAUGUAAUGCACCCUUUUUGGAACCAGUGCGUCAAGCUGGUUCCUCGCUCAGUAGCUCCCAACUGUUUGACAUUUGGCGGGUUCAUGUUGAACGUGCUGAGUCUAUGCCUGUUGUCAUGGUAUGAUUUCGACUUUUAUGCAUCAAGUGACGACCACCCCUCACCUCCGGUACCAAAAUGGGUCUGGCUUGUCUGCGCUUUUAAUCAAUUCAUGGCGCACACCCUCGACGGCAUCGAUGGGAAGCACGCCCGCCGGACCGGACUCUGCGGCCCUAUGGGAGAGUUGUUCGAUCAUGGACUUGACUCAUGGGCCACACUGUUCAUGCCAGUCUGCGUGUACUCAGUCUUCGGCAGACUCAACUUCGCUGUCUCUGCAUGGCGAUACUACUUGAUUCUGUGGGAUGUGCACUACUGUUUCCUCGCAUCGCAUUGGGAAAAGUAUAAUACGGGCAUCCUCUUUCUUCCAUGGGGUUAUGAUGUUUCACAAAUCUUCCUUACUUGCACCUUCCUGCUGACCUUCGUCUAUGGUCACACGUUCUGGAAGUUCACCCUUUUGGGCUAUCCCUCCGGAUUGUACAUGGAAGCCGCACUUCAUUUCGGUGCAGCUGGCCUCGGCUUACCUGUGAGCCUGUGGAAUAUUUACAAAGGUUAUCAGGCUAAAACGCUUCGUCACCAUUCGUUGUGGGAAGGAAUGCGCCCUUUGGUUGCACCAACAAUCUUCUUUGCGCUUACAACCAUCUGGGUUUUGAACUCGCCAACGAGCAUCAUUGAGACGCAACCCCGUGUUAUGUUUGUGAUGAUCGGUACACUGUUUUCGAACAUCGCCACUCGAUUGAUCAUCAACCAAAUGACAACCACAAGAUGCGACCUUUUCAACAUAAUGCUGGCUUUGGUCCUUGCCACGCUUUUCGCCGUAUUUGGAUUGCGAUGGAACGAGACAUAUUGUCUAUAUACCCUCACAGCCGCCGUCCUUGUGGGUCACAUCCACUACGCCAUCUGUGUUGUGCGUCAGAUGUGCGACCACUUCAGAAUCAACUGUUUCUCUGUUCAACGACGUGCACCAAAAAAGAUAGACUAAAGCUUUUAUCAAAGGCUGUCUAACUUGUCCCUUCACUCGCCCCAGUAACGAUGAACCCCCACACCGAUCAACGUCAAAUUCGACGCUCAACCUUGGUGAGCCUUCUUCGCUGCCAACGAAGCCAGUGGAAUGUAAUAAAGUGAACAACACGCAACUACUGCGCAAACCACAGCACGCUCGUCGAAAUUGCGCUGCAAAUAACGGGCGACCCUGAAUUAUUAUGUUGAAGAACCAACUUGACGAGAGCAACUUUGCGCGGAAGAGAAGAUGCCAUGUUUAGGGCUAAUAUUUGAAGAAUGAAAAGGUAAAGAAUAAGGCUAACACCAGAUAGCUUCGGCGAAGGCGGGUUCUACCAGCUCACUGGGACAAAAAACACGGCCGUGAAGAAAAACAAAUUAAAAGUAGUACAUACAGACAAGUAAAAUGAGAGGGAGAGAGAGAUUUUCAUGGAAAUGUGUGAUGAAUGGCGAAAAUGGAAAAAAGUUGUGUUUUUUUAAUAUAUGCCUGUGGGCGUGAAGUAUGCGAUAAGAAAAUUAUCGUAAACAGAAGCUAACAUACCGUAUGUUUUAUAUCCAUACCGUAACUUUAUUGAAACGCGUGAAGCGUGUCUUCUAACCCAUCACGACCAAAAAACGUAACUGCGUUGAGCACGUGAAGUCGAUUGUGUCAGCACGAUAUUGAUCAGACCAUUCUUAAACAGUCACACGGUUUCACGAAAACACAAUAGCAAAAUAAUUAUCAGUGAGCGUAUGGUGGCAUGCUGAGUAUGCGCGUAAAUAUCUUCCAUGUUUGUGAGUGAAUGGAUCUGGAUUGGUUAAUUUGUGGCUGAAUAACAACUAAAUAGGUAAUGUUAUUGUGUCAGGUGAAUGAAUGUAUCUCUGGAUUCCAGAAACCCAGUAUAAAUCGCCUGUCUUGCUAUGCUCAAUAUCUUGCGAUAAAAACACCCCAAUAGAGUAAGCCAGGUACUUUGGGGAAUGGGCUCGAUAGAACAAAAUGAAUAAAGAGUCGCGCUAAGUAAGCUUCGUCGACGAGGUUCCAUAAGUGUAACGAUAUGGAGAGUUGUACGAUAGAGUUAAACCAUAGCUGUUACGAAACAGCAUCAGGGUUGUAUCAACUUAGACAGAUUGGCAGACACCUGAUUUAAUCAGAAAUACUAAUCACUAACAACAGAUUAUACAAAACAGGACCAUACACUAGGAAGUGUUGGGUCCGACAUCUACAGACACUGACGCUAAACGUGCUCAGGAAAGAUAACAAUUCAGUUUUUGCGUCUCAAUAAAACAAAUUACUAAAGAGCGCGGUAGCGAAAGUCUAAGGCGAGUAGUAAAGCAACAAGAAAACGAGUCGGUAUACGUUGAGAACCUAUGAAAGGCUCUGCUUGUAAAUUCCUACAAAUUAAAUUGGCGACAAUUGCUUGCCUACAUUGACAAGCAUAAGAUGUGUCGUCCCACUGGAGUGUCACAUUUUCUAGUCCAUUAUUAUGAUGUUACAAUGAUAAUGCUAUAAUAGAUGCCCCUGAGUUACCUAAGAAAGCUUUGUAGUUGAAAAGAUUUUUACAAUGAAACAGAUUAAAAUCAACACGUCAUUCUAAUUUUGUCAUUUCCUAGUGAAUGGCUACUAUGUAAGAUAGGUGAUAUGUCGUUGCUUAUUUAAGGCUUAUUUAAGGCAUAACAAAGACGAUCGUCGCGAUUUUCCUCUACCAUCGCAAACUCCAUGCAACUAGAGGGCAUUGCAAACUCCAUGCAACUAGAGGGUUCGAAAAUUAAAAACUGCGUUUCAGAUCUUCUACAAAUGGCAGUGUGUCGCAUGGAAAGCACAUGUAUCUGUUCAACGAUGAGCGAUGCAGUCCUGUGGCGCGUUUUAGGAACGCAGACUGAGUUCGGUCGCGAUUUUAAAGUUACACCCAUGAAAGGUGUUUCCACAAUACCUGAAUUCAGUAGGAUGCCAGCGAAGCCACCUUAGCCGCCUGAUUCCGAUUAGGACUAGCGCCAGUCAUAGGGAAAGUUUGAAGAGAGCUUGUAUACCGUCGCUCGUCGUACUCUGUCCAUGAUGCGCUCUGCAAAGGCUCGGUUGCUUGUAGGUAAAAUUACACUCACGUACUUGAGGUUGGUCAUGUAAUUUAAGCCAAUAUGGAAUGUCACAAUAGCAGCGAACCGGCCUUUAAGGCGGAACCUCAGGGCCAAUAUUGUUGAUAUUAAUCACAGAUACCGCUUUGUCUAUAUAUGUAUAAAGUCUCUAAGGGCUUGAUAGGCAUUAAAUAGACUCGAUCCAAAGACGAUAAUAUUGUCGGCAUAAAGCAGCAUUUCUACGUUUCCUGCUUGAUCUUCAGCAUGAAGAAGUAAGUCAUUUAGCAGCAAGGAGAAAGCAAUGGAUUUAGAUUAUCACCGUGCUAAACUGGGUUUUCUUACGAAAUCGCUAAGGUCAUAUGCAUCGUGGCGAUUUAUGCACCAUGUCACAUAUGCAUCACGGUCUGAGAUAUAUAUAUAUACACAUACAUGCAAUUCGUUUUUUGUUGUCAGCCUUCGAUACACACUGUUUUUGUAAGUCUCCAAUGAAACGUAGCGGGGAAUGUACUCUAUACGAAAUUUCCGGAGUGGCAUGAGUUGUUUUAAGUGGUGAGGUUUUUUUAAUGUGCUAACAGGUUGUGUGAUGCAGAAGUCUUCCGCGCAGAAAAUUAAUAUAAAACAUUAACAUAAAACGCUAUCAACCGCAAAAUAGCUCUAGAAUUUACAGCAACACUUUACUCACUGAGCACGUUAUCCAGAUAGAGACCGAUUUCGAAGGCACAAGCAGCAAAAUCAUCCAUCAUGCACGAUCAAUGGCAUACAGAACGAUAUUAAAACGGAUUUGAUUCUGAAUAAAGAAACGAAAAAAAGAAUACUAAUAUAUUAUACUUCAAGACUGGGUAAGUCUGACAGUUGAGAAGGAAUGGUCCUCCAAAUUUUCCAAUCAAUUUUGCACCAAUUGGGAUCGCUUAAAUGGAUGCUUGGAUGACUCAUCAGACCCGACAAAAACUAGGGGAAAACUCCUGGUUGCAGCUAUGCUUGUGUUAUAUAUAAACAUGAUGAAGCGAUUAUUGUUCUUUGAAUAUUUGUUCAUGUGGAGACAAGCAGAGUAGAGGGCUCAGAGAACACUAACAGAAAACUAUAAAAUGUAUUAAUGAACAUACUUAUUUAGCGCUUACGUCUAUAUGUAGUCAAACAGAAAAUGAUGGGCUGCUGAGGUAAAUUAACACAGUAUGAAUGUGAAGAACCACAGAGUAAAAACACAAGUGUUAUUUUGUUUUUACAUAUAUUGACUACUACUAUUAACGACGAUAAUGACUUAUAAUGAAGAAGUCGCAAGAAAAUGCCCUCCGUAUAUCUGUGUACGUUUAUCAAAUGCGUGUAUUUCAGCACAAACGUGAAGGCUGCUACUCACAAGUUAAGCACAACAGCCCCACAACACAGCAAUAUUUGAGUAUUUACGAAACGAACAUAAGAGUUAACAGAAUACAUAUGCGCAGUAAGAAGACUGAGAAGCUGGCGCUAAAAAGUGGGAUUGGGAACAAGCUAUAAUGCCCUGUAUACAUGUUUAUAAUCCUCAACGGCUUGCUUCACAAAUACUGGGGGUUGCGCAGUUUUACCAGAGCAGCAGGUAUUUAUGAUUCGAUGGAUUUUCAAGUUUUUCCGAUCCUAGAUUUCUUGCCCGUCAUUUUUAUUCUUGUCCAUAAGAUCAACAAAAUUGCUUAGGUUGUUCCUUCCUAAUCCGAGAAGUAACACGGCGAAGAUUAGACGUGACCAACGAAUUGUCAUACGGAUAUGGCAGAAUUAUAUUAAAGAAAAGCAUUUCUUUUAUUAAACAACUAUUAGUGAAACUUGUCGAAAAUUUAUACAUAGUCGCAGUAUAUAGUUACGAACCGCUAAACAAGAAAAUCCACCAUAUGUAGACCUUCCCCACAGCCCGCUCUACACUCGAUAUUAGCUGAACUUCUAGCUAUUAAAUCAGUUAACAUGUGUACAUAUCCGUUGGCACUAUCUGGUAAUUUUUAGUUUUGGCUAAUUUCCUUAAUGAUAGCACUAAUAAAAUGGUUAUUUUAGAGCAUAUGUUAAAUGCUUUAUGGUUAUGAGUAUUUGGAGGACAUCGGACCAAAAAACCUUAGCCAAAUUAUAAUCAAUCCUACCGGAUUGUACCCGCAAAGCAUCGUAUUUUCUUUGCUCUUUUCGAAAAAAUUGAAAACACGAAUCGAAAAACGUCGAUCACAUGAACUAACAUGACCCUACACAGAAUAGAUAUACAACAUAUUAUAACGUACUAAGAAAGAAAAACAACCAUCGCGAUUAGUGCUAAUGCGCUGAUGAAUAAAUACUUUCUUGAAUGUACUUCUGUAAUUACGUGAAUGUACGUUCAUAUGUGAAGCCUGUUGAUGUUGAAGCCUAAAGUAUGUUCCUCAUCGAGAACAGAAACUCUUUAGCAGCGUUAGAUAGAUGUAGUAAAGGCGAUGAAACAAAAAAGUUUUUAUAAGUUCAGCUCAAGUUAACAGAGCUAUGGGACAAACAAAUUGAUAGAAAGAUACGCUGAGCGAACAAUGUAUGCCUAUGAUGUACGGCCGUUUCUUAGAUGUAAAAGCAACUAUUGAUCUACUGAUAAAACAUAGUAAAAUUCGUUUAAAUUUGUUGCAUAAUCAUUAUAAGGAGAGCGAAAACAGACAAUGCAGCACAUGUGAUGUGUAUGGUAUGUUAUAAUGUUGAAAAUGAGAACCGCAAUUAUGGUUGCUGCAAAUCAGAUGCGUAAGCGAGACAGGCAAGGCAUGACGCGUUUGCUAGCAGCGACGUAGCCAAGAUAUAUUACCGCGUCGUGUGUCAUGUACAUAAUAUAGAUAAUAGAGCAUAUACAUAUAUAUAUAAGGACAAGGUGCACAGCAAAUAAAUCGCAUUUGUACCGGUACUAAAGCAUCGUCACUUACGUACCAAUACUUCGGAUUAUUUGUACAUGCCGUUACACUCAGCCGCACUACCCAUGUAAAUUUUAUUAAACGAUCUAAGACUCUCUGCCCUCUGGGCUAGUACUUUCCUUCUAAGUUUGCUCUCCCUGCAGCCGAUCACAUUCGUAGACGUAUGUACUUCCUAAGCUUCUAGGUUUCGGCCUUCAAAAACCUCCACCAAGUCAGCACCUUCCUAAUCUUUAGUUAUAUGCCGAGGUCAACACGGCGUCAGUAUCUGCUACGAGAUUUUGAAUACGUGCAUAUUCACUACCUUCUCAGACUGACAGGACAGGAACACAAGUUCAGCCCAAAAAUCGCGCGAUCUGCAGCAUUGCUACUCUGAUUUUAAACAGGUGCGUGUACCAGUAGUACGUACCAUGGAACCUCAUAGUGGGCACCAUCAGGAGUUUCGCAUCCGAAACGAGUAUUUUAUUCCGUGCCACGCGAGUGCACCGGAUCUGGCUGCUGUUAUCGCUGGAACCCUCAGCCUGAAAGCCACUCUGCGCACUACCGCAUAAGCUUGAUUUGUUAUGGACGCUGGCUAGCUUCGGCAACGGUUCGGCUGUUCGUGCAAGUUUGGCAAGUGCCGUGAUGUCAGACGGCUCACGUCAUGCAGUUCAUGAAAUCGUCACACAGGCACGAUUCCCUGAUGUGUUCUAGUAACGGUUUGAAGUCAAAUAGCAAUCUACUGCAGACAUCGUUUCUCCUGGGUAGAUAGAUGCAGCUCGUUGAUACCUCAGACUCGCUGCUUUUAAGACAGUGCUUCCUUUGCUAACCACCCGAAAAGGGCAGCCUCGGACUUAUCCCAUGUCGUCUCUGUGCUCAUAGCGGAUUCGAACCAGUGCCGGACCGCACCUGGCAAAAGCUCAUGAACAACUCC